GGCGCGAAGCGGCGCAGGACACACCCGGGCGCCCAGCCCGGCCGCGCCUCUUCAGCCGCGGGCUCGCUGCUGCCGCCCCGCCGCUGACAGGAGCGCGACCGCCCCUGUUCUCGCCCUGUCAGCCGGGCAGUAGCCCCCGCCCCUGUGACGCCGUCUCGUGCCGGCCACUGGGCCCGGCGGAGACUGCACAUAAGGCUUUGCGGGGCCCGCUCGCUGCUGCAGCAACGUCGAGUUGUGCUUCGCUGUUACGGCGAGCCGGGGCCUCUCGCUUUACCGCAGAGCCAGAAUGCGGGGACUGGUGGUCGCUGUUCUUCUGUUGCAGAGCAUCGCCGGCUCGGGCGCGUUCGCCAGAGGGAGGAGGAACGUGGACCCCGAAACGAACAUGAACAUUAGUCAAAUUAUUACUUUCAGAGGAUACCCUAGUGAGGAGUACGAAGUGACAACAGAAGAUGGAUAUAUCCUUUCCAUUAACAGAAUUCCUUAUGGAAGAAAAGACUAUGAAAGGAGUAAAGGUCCAAGGCCUGCCGUGUUUCUGCAGCAUGGUUUGCUUGCAGAUGCCAGCAAUUGGAUCACAAACUUGGAUUACAACAGCCUUGGCUUUAUGCUGGCAGAUUCUGGCUAUGAUGUAUGGCUCGGAAACAGCAGAGGGAACACCUGGUCCAGAAAACACACACACUUCACAGUGAAGCAAGAAGAAUUCUGGGUUUUCAGCUUUGAUGAAAUGGCUAAGUAUGACAUUCCAGCCUCAGUGGACUUUAUUUUGAAGAAAACUGGCCAGGAACAAGUGUUUUACGUUGGUCAUUCACAGGGCACCACAAUGGCUUUCAUUGCUUUUUCAACUUUGCCACAGCUGGCUAAGAAAAUCAAAAUGUUCUUUGCCUUGGCACCAGUAGCUACAGUCAAGUUUGCCACUAGCCCUCUGGCAAAAUUAGGAGUGUUUCCUGACCUGCUACUCAAGGACAUGUUUGGAAAGAAGCAAUUCCUCCCUCAGAAUUUUUUGCUGAAGUGGCUUGCUACCCAUGUUUGCACUCACAGAAUACUUGAUGACCUUUGCGGCAACCUGUUCUUUCUUCUGUGUGGUUUUAAUGAGAGAAACUUGAAUAUGAGUCGAGUGGAUGUGUAUUCAGCACACUGUCCUGCAGGGACAUCUGUACAAAACAUGAUCCACUGGAGCCAGGCUGUGAAGACUGGGGAACUCAAAGCUUAUGACUGGGGAAGCAAGGCUGCAAAUACAGCUCACUACAACCAGUCUACUCCCCCUUUCUACAAAAUAAAAGAGAUGACUGUACCAACUGCGGUGUGGACUGGUGGGCAUGACUGGCUGGCAGACCCAAAGGAUGUUGCUAUGCUGCUCACUCAAAUCACAAACUUGGUUUACCACAAAAAUAUUCCAGAAUGGGAACAUUUGGAUUUCAUCUGGGGCCUUGAUGCACCUUACCGCAUGUAUAAUGAAAUAAUUAACAUGAUUAGGAAGUAUGUCUAAACUAACAUGGUAUUUCAGAGUCAUAGCUCACCACUCAAAGCUCACCAGAAAUUCAUCUUUUUGGAACAUAUGCUUUUCUGUCAGUAAUGCUACAUUGUUUAUUUAUGAUGCAUUUUUAAAAUGCCAGCAAUGACCACUGAAUUAGAUUCAUAUUUGGUUAGUUUUUUCUCAAUGUUAUUUCUCUCUCCUGCAUAAAUCCUCAGUGUACCCUGCUGAUUUUGCACACACCAGCAUGGUACUCGAAAAACAGCAGUGUGGCUUUGCAGAAAAGGAGUAUGUCAUGUGCAUAUAAAUUUAGUGACAUGUCUGAAAGACAAGUUAGUUCAUCCAGCACCUCAGGUGCUUGACAGUUAAAGCAAUAAAUACUUUACUGUCCAUAAAAGACACUGCCGUUUCUCAGUACAUUGCCAUUUCUGAAUACCUGUCAGAAAUACUCCUUGUACUGCAGUGACCCAUUUGCUGCUGGUCCAUUAAAAAGCACUUAAUGACUUCAUUAUUUGAGCCAUCACAUACAACCUAGCUACAUUAGAUGAUUUUCAAUAUUGCCCAGAAGAACUGCCAUGAAACCAGAGAAGAUCAUCACUGUCAGUUGAAAUCUACUGUUUUGGUAGUGAUUAAUUGCUGCAUUUUUUCUUGAUUUAAUGCUGAUGCCUUUCAUGUUUCACAUACCAGCUAUGGAUAAGGAUCAUUGCAGGAAUCUGCAAGGGCAAGUAAAGAGAAGUAGUUGAAAGUAGUACCACUUUCAGAUAGCUUUGUCAGUAGGUUAUGGCUUUCAAGGACAAUGAUACUUGUGUUUUGUUUUCUUUGCACUGACCACUAAAAAACAAGCUCCUCAGUAUACUACUGAUGAGGGAAGAGCCAAAGCAUUAAUUUUAUAGCUUGAGUGACUUAAUUUGCAUGGACUUUUCCCUUUACUUAUCUGCUGCUUUAAAGGUAUGUUUACUUCUUAGCUUGUGGUGCUUGCCACUGUUGUGUUCAGGAACCACACAACAUCCUGGUGAAGCCUGGCAGUAUUAAUGGCAGUCUCCAUUUGUUUCACUUUCCACCUCAAAGGGUGACUAAGCCCCCCUUUAAUGGGGGAAAGGAAUCGCAUCUGCUUUAAGGGUCUGACUUUGGAGCUGUGAUUCUCUGUGGUAUAGGUGCCUUGCUCUUUUCAUUGAUUAUGCAGAAGACUUCGGCUCCUCUGAAUUACACAAAAGUUCCAUACCAAAUGCAGAUAUGCAAACAACCUCCAGAGUCAGUUGCCUCAGUCCAGAUCAUCUCUGUGCCAUGCUUGGAUUCAACACAGAUUUCUCUCAGUAAUCCCAACAAGAUAAAACCCCUUUUCAACAUGGCAUAGAAAAUAGUGCAUUUUAAACUGAGGCAAACUUUCUUUUUUUUUUAAUAAAAAAAAAGAGCAAAACUAUGCAUAAACCAAAAAUUAGGUUGUUUGUGUGUUUUUUUUUUUUUUUUUUUUUUUUUUGUAGUUCCUAAUUCAGACUCAGGGAAUCCUCAGGCUUUGUUUAAGGAAAAAGUGAUUCAUCCUAUUUCAGUUGUGAUUCCUAUCAGGGCCUCCAAGUUUGCUUUAUAUUUGUAGCAGCCGUAUUUGCUCCACCUUGCUGUGCUGAAAGGAAGUUUCUGUUGGAAUCUAAAGUGGCUGACUUAGUGGUUGUGAGGGAAUGUGAUACAGCAAGAGCUGUGUGCAUCAUGUUUGUUAAGCUUGAAAUAUUUCAAUAAACAAGAUUGCUGCUUGGAGUUCA